AUGGGUUUUCCAGUGGUGGCCUUCCAUUUUCUUCAGGGGCCACUGGCCUGAAUCCCGUCUCACUGACCUGGCUUGAACCCGCGUAGGACCAAUGGUACAUAUUCAGUUGCACACACUGCAACGCCACUGAAGCAGGGCAAAAGGUCGCGCAGGCCACAUGAAGCAAGUCCGCUGCCUACACUUGAUCACACUUCAAAGUGAGAACCAUUAUUCUUAUUGGUUGUUUCGGUGGUUUGACUCGCUUGCUUGGCGCUGAGACGUCGGCGCCCCGACGCGUUGAUUGCCACGUCAAUGGAACAGCUUCAACUUCCCCAAGUCAUUUUACUUUCCAUCUGCCCCUCCUCCUAAGAUACCGUGAUGGAGGACAAAGACCAGACAGCAAAGCUCGGACGUCUCUGUAUUGAGUUUCUUGACGGUAUGCUUGAGGAAAUCAAUAGGUUUGGCGAUGAUGUCUAUGUCAUCGACAACGAGCGCCUUGCCUCGCUGAAUAUUCGAAAGGCAGAGCCUCUCGACAUUGAAGAAAAACGUGUUGACUUUGGCCCCCGCUUUUUCUGCCCUCGCUUUACACUAGAAGAGACGCGGCAAAAGACUUCUGACUUCCUUGCCGACGCUUACCCGGAUCGCACCGAGUACCCGGAGUGGCGAAAGAGAUGUCGACGAGGUUCCUACAGUGAAUUUGUGUGGGGAGAAGAACCGGGGCCCCACGAUCCCGAGGACUUUCACCCACUCUGUACUCCUAUGACGGAUGCGGAGCGCAGGCUAGAGUGGUGUGAGGAGGUGAUGGGUGGGAGCGGUCCUGAUGAAUCGCCCAAUCGGGGUGUUUGGGACGGUUCAUGCUGGCGUUACCUGGCUUCUUGGCACCUCAUUCCUGAUGAAUGGGGCAACUCGAGUCUCCCAGGUCACCAUGGGUCUGUGCGGGUUGGGAGGCCGGCUCGGUUCUAUACGUUCGACGUGAACAGGGCAUUCCUGAUUGAAGACCGUUUUGCCGACAUGCCACACAUUGGGGGCACGGUGGUAGACGCGGCGGAAUCCGGCGAAGGUGAGGUCUUACGCAGCGAGGUUGUCGCUGCGGUCGCGCUCCUGAAGCUCCAAUUUCGCCUCGACCACUUCUGCCGGCACCACACCUUACCCGCGAUUGUGUUCUCCUUCCAGCACGACAACCUUGGCCGGGUCUCACAGUUUCAUUGCCACGGGAAGUCCCUCGUGCUACGACAAUCCCGCCUGCUCGACUUUCGAAGCGAUGAACCCACGACUGACGCCUAUCAGAUGCUCCGGUGGAUGGCCAACCGUCCAAUGGGCGAAACCAGAUUCCCGAACGCGGUAGAUGGGGAAGUCGAGGGUUGUGGAUUUUGGGAUACGGACAAGGAUGACGGGAAGUUACCCGUGGAUGUACGAGGUGGAUGAAAGUCGGGGGUAAGUGCGCCGUACUUAUCUUAGGGUAUUGUAUCCAUGACUACCUCGGUACCUAUUGUUUCUCGCCUGUUCCUGGAGGCCAAGCAGCGAGGACUCGGCCAACAACGAUCCGGCUCAGGCUGUGAACCGGUUUGGAUUACCACCAAGUAUUAGAUGGCCGCUCGAAGAGCCUUGCGCUCUGAAAUUAUGUGUCAAGGCUGGUUUUGGUACGGAAACCCUUGCUUUCCCGGCUCAGCGAGUGGGAAAGUCGACUGCGCGGGUGGCAUGGAAACUGCAGCGACGAUCAAGAAUUGGCGUGGGAGAGUGACUUCCAUGUUUGUGCCACA